AUGUCGGACGCUCAAGCGCGACUUCAGGCUCUGUCUGAGGACUUCCAGAAGCUUCAAGGCGAACUUCAGAAUGCAGUUGCAUCACGACAAAAGCUUGAGGGCCAGAAGCAGGAGAAUGUUGGUGUGCAACAGGAGUUUGACCGGCUACAAGAUGGCGAGACUAUCUACAAGCUCUCCGGUCCCGUGUUGCUGAAGCAGGAUAAGUUCGAGGCCGAGAACACAGUCAAGGGUCGUCUCGACUUUAUCGGCAGUGAAAUCAUACGACUAGAGAGUCAGAUUCAAGAAACCCAGGAAAAGUUGGAGAAGAAGAAGUCUGAAAUUAUCCAGAUUCAGUCAAAUGCUCAGGCACAAGCUCAAGGCAAGGGCAAGGAGGCAUCUCAGUAA